AUGUCCUCCUCCUCAUCCUCCCCCAGGGAGACGUACGAGGAGGACCGGGAUUACGAGAGCCAGGCCAAGCGCCUCAAGACCGAGGAGGGGGAGAUCGAUUACUCGGCCGAGGAAGGCGAGAACCGCCGGGAAGCGACGCCCCGGGGCGGGGGCGAUGGCGGCGGCGGCCGGAGCUUCUCACAGCCGGAGGCAGGUGGAAGUCAUCAUAAAGUUUCUGUUUCACCCGUUGUCCAUGUUCGAGGACUCUGUGAAUCUGUGGUGGAAGCAGACCUUGUGGAGGCCCUGGAAAAAUUUGGGACAAUAUGCUAUGUGAUGAUGAUGCCAUUUAAACGGCAGGCUCUGGUGGAAUUUGAGAACAUAGAUAGUGCCAAAGAAUGUGUGACAUUUGCUGCAGAUGAACCUGUGUACAUAGCUGGUCAGCAGGCUUUUUUCAACUAUUCUACAAGCAAAAGGAUCACUCGGCCAGGAAAUACUGAUGAUCCAUCAGGAGGCAAUAAAGUUCUUCUGCUGUCAAUUCAGAAUCCUCUUUAUCCAAUUACAGUAGAUGUUUUAUAUACUGUAUGCAAUCCUGUUGGAAAAGUGCAGCGUAUUGUUAUAUUCAAGAGAAAUGGGAUACAAGCAAUGCUUAUGUUUGAAUCAGUCCUUUGUGCCCAGAAAGCUAAAGCAGCUCUCAAUGGAGCAGAUAUAUAUGCUGGAUGUUGCACACUAAAAAUUGAAUAUGCAAGGCCAACUCGUCUAAAUGUUAUCAGGAAUGACAAUGACAGUUGGGACUACACUAAACCAUAUUUGGGAAGACGAGAUAGAGGAAAGGGUCGCCAGAGACAAGCCAUUUUGGGAGAACACCCUUCUUCGUUUAGACAUGAUGGCUAUGGAUCCCAUGGCCCAUUAUUACCUUUACCGAGUCGUUACAGAAUGGGCUCUCGAGAUACACCUGAGCUUGUUGCCUAUCCAUUACCACAGGCCUCUUCCUCUUACAUGCAUGGAGGAAAUCCCUCUGGUUCAGUUGUAAUGGUUAGUGGAUUACAUCAACUAAAAAUGAAUUGUUCAAGAGUCUUCAACCUAUUCUGCUUAUAUGGAAAUAUUGAAAAGGUAAAAUUUAUGAAGACCAUUCCUGGUACAGCACUAGUAGAAAUGGGCGAUGAGUAUGCUGUAGAAAGAGCUGUCACACAUCUUAACAAUGUCAAAUUGUUUGGAAAAAGACUUAAUGUUUGUGUGUCUAAACAACAUUCAGUUGUUCCAAGUCAAAUAUUUGAGCUGGAGGAUGGUACAAGUAGCUACAAGGAUUUUGCAAUGAGCAAAAACAAUCGUUUCACCAGUGCUGGCCAAGCAUCGAAAAACAUCAUCCAGCCGCCCUCCUGCGUGCUGCACUAUUACAAUGUGCCGCUGUGUGUCACGGAAGAGACCUUCACAAAGUUGUGUAAUGACCAUGAAGUUCUUACAUUCAUCAAAUAUAAAGUGUUUGAUGCAAAACCUUCUGCCAAAACACUUUCUGGGCUUUUAGAAUGGGAAUGCAAAACUGAUGCAGUAGAAGCCCUCACAGCACUAAAUCACUAUCAGAUAAGAGUUCCAAAUGGUUCCAAUCCCUAUACAUUGAAGCUUUGCUUUUCUACAUCAUCCCAUUUAUAA